UGACGUCAGGACCUGCAGCAAUGGUUGUCGGGAAAUAUUUCCCAUGAUGCAUCGGUUUGUAGUUCACAGGCCGGCUAGCUAGCGUUAGCUGGCGAACAGAGCAGGAAGGACUAAAGACCCGGGAUUAAAAACAGGUGAGAUGUCGUCCUCCGCUCUCGGCCACUCGGUCCCGCUCAUCCCAAACCUGGAGCCCGGGAUGGGGAAGUCUGCCGCGAUGCUGGGCUUGACUGCUGGGUUGGGCGGAGCAGAGCUGGAGCUGCAGAAGAUGCUUAUUGAUGAGAGGAUCAAGUGUGAAAACCACAGGACCAACUACCAGGCGUUGAAGGCUGAACACACCAGCCUGCAUGAUGAGUUCCUGUGCGCACAAACCGAACUGAAGCGUCUGCUGAGCGACAGACAGGCUCAGCAGGAGAAGCUGCAGCUGCUGCUGGCCGAGCUGCGAGGACAGUUACUGGACAAAACCAGGGAGCUGGAGGAGAUCAGGCUGCAGGUGAUGACGCCUCAGCGGUUGGAGCUGCUCAGAGCUCAGGUGCAGCAGGAGAUGGAGGCUCCCGUGAGAGAGAGGUUCAACAAGCUGGAAGAGGAGGCAGAGAGGUACCGGUCUGAGUACAACAAGCUGCGCUACGACUUCACCUUCAUCAGGUCCCAGUUCGAGCACCAGAGAGAUGAGCAUGCUCGUGUGCUGGAGGAGAGGAACAUGCGCUAUGAGGCAGAGGUGUCUCGCCUGGAGAAGGACAGAGAGGAGAUGGUGGCUCAGUAUCAGGGAUCAGACGCCCUGCGCGAUGGGAAGCGGGUGGAGUCUCUGCUGAGGGAGAAGGCCCAGCUGCACCUGCGGCUGAAGGGCCUGGAGGCCGAGGUGGCCGAGCUCCGCGCCCAGAAAGAGAACUCGGGCCAGCAGGCCGAGAACGUGCAGCGCAUCCAGGUCAGACAGCUGACGGAGUCUCAGGCGGCGGUGAAGUCCCUGGAGGCGGAGCGCCAGUCGCUGCGUAUGCAGCUGGAGCGGAUGGAGAGCGAGCUCCAUCUGAGCAACGAGCAGAACAGUCACCUCACCGGGCGACUGCACAAAGCUGAGAGGGAGAUCAACGCCCUCACCUGUCAGAUGGAGAGCCUGAAGCAUUCACAUAAGCUGGAGGUUGCUGGUGUCAAACUGGAGUGUACUCGCUCUAAAGGGGAGGUGGAGAGAGAGCGGGACACGCUGCAGGGACAGAUUGACGGUCUGCAGACUGAUGUGGAGGUACUAAAAGCAGCUGUGGAACGACAGAAGGAGGUUCUGGUGGAAAAAGAGAGGGAGACGGUCAGGAAGCUGCAGGCUGCUCAGGAGGAGGAGUACCGCAAGACGGCGGCCCUGCAGGAGGAGAAGUUGGAGUUGGAGAACCGCCUGGCAGUGCUGGAGCAGCAGCGGGCGCUGCAGGACGCUUCAGAUCAGGCUCUGAAGGACGAGUGGGAGGAGCGCGUCCACAGCGCUCAGCAGGGCGAGGAGGCGGCACGCCGAGAACUGCAGAGCCUCAGAAAUAAACUACAGCAGCAGAGCACACAGCUGGAGCAGCUGGACAGACAGAAGUCAGAGAUGGCUGAGCUACAGCGGCAGAACCAGGAGCUGGGCAUCCAGCUGGGGACGCUGUCGCACUCUGAAAGUGACCUGAUGGAGACAAACCAGCGGCUGAGAGAGAUGCUGGACAGAGUCAGGGAGGACCUGAGGGCGACCCGGGCCCAGGCAGAGAGGAGCCAGCAGGAGGCAGAGAGGCUGGUGGAGGACCGGCGGGUGGAGUGGCUGGAGGACAAACACAAGCUGCAGGAGCGAGAGGCUGAGCUGCAGCAGAAAUACUCUCAGGUCAAAGACAAGCUGCAGAGAGCAGCGGCUGCUCAGAAGAAGAGAAAGAAUCAGACGGAGAACAAAGAGAAGAAGCUGCAGGACAAGAUCCAGCUGCUGGAGGCCAAGACCGAGGAGCUGGAGCUGGAGGCUGCAGCUGCCAAAAAGCGUCCGGCGUUCUCCGAGGAGCAAGCUCAGGUCCGCAGGCGGUUGAAGGAGAUGCAGCGACGCCACAGCGAGUUUCGACGGCUCCUGCUUGGCGUCCACGGCCCUGGCCUCCUGACCCCCUCGCCCAACCCCUUCCCCCUCUUCGGGUCGGAGGGGCCGCUGUCUACCGAGCCGGAGGGCGAGUUCUCGCUGCUGCGCCGGAGGCUGGAGAACCUGGAGAGCGCUCAGCAGCAGCAGCUGGAGGAGCUGGGAUCUCUGGUGCAGAAGGACAGAGAUGACUCUCCCCUGGCCGAUCUCUGACCCGCGCUGCUCCCCCCGGAGAAGAUCAGCACAAUCACCAGACACGCUUCCACAAUCAAUUGCACCAGAAGUGUUUUUAUGGAAAUAGAAACAUUAUUUAAAAAAAAACAGUUUUUUCCCCGUCCAGUUUACAUGUGCAAAAGAUUUACAAAAUAUGAAAUUUGACAUUCUCAGGGUUUAAUUUUGUAUUGAUUGUUUACAUUUGCUCUUGAGCCAUUGUAGAAAAAUGAUUAGGUGUUAAAGGACAUGCAGGGCGGUAAAUUACAGGUUCAUUGUACAGACUGUAAAUAUAUUACCA